CGGCCGUUGGCGGCCCGAAACAUCCGGCGGCUGCGGGAGAGAGGAGCUGAAGUUCUGUUUUCUGUGGACUGCACAAAAUUGAAGGACUACUUUUUACCAUCCGACAGACUGUUUUCAUGUGUUUAUUUCAACUUCCCACACUGUGGAAGAAAAGCUGGAGUGGUGAAGAACAGAGAGUUGCUUGCCCAGUUCUUCUCCAGCUGUGCAGAAGUGCUGGCAGAGGAAGGUGAGGUCCAUGUGGCGCUUUGCAGUGGGCAGGGUGGGACACCUGCUGAUCGACCAAGGAGAGAGUGGCACAACAGCUGGCAAAUAGUGGCGGUCGCGGCAGGAGCCAGAUUUAUCCUGAGUGAUGUUCGUCCCUUCAAUGCAGAGAGUAUUCAUGGAUAUAAAUGUACAGGCUACAGAAGUCAAGAUAAAUCUUUCAGUGUGGACGGAGCUUUAAACCACAUUUUCACACGAAGCACUCCACUUCUACAUCUCAAACCUAUGGUUUGCCAGAUGGAACUGGGAAGCAAAAGAGUUUCUUUUCAAGUACCACAAAUGCUUGUGGAUAAGAUUAACAGGGGUUUCCUAGAACGCAAUUCAGAGCAUCCAGUAAGAACAGUCAAGAAGCAGCUCACUGCAGUGCUCAGCCAAACCUUUCCAGUACAAAGCAUUGACUGCUCCCUUUCUUUGCUACACAAAGGUGACAUUGGUGGUGUUUGUCACUCAAAUGUGUUUUGGAUCAUUCCCAAGCCAGAGCAGAAUGCAAGCACUGAACAAAUGGCUCAUGGACUGGCAAACGCAGUGUUAUUUUUCCACACUGAUUUUUGCAAGAAUGCAGAUGAAAAUGGCUGCAUGAAGGUACAAGAGGGUAACCUCAUUUCAGAACAGUAUUUCCUUAGGCCUUCCCUGCUGCCCUAUGUUCAGACACUAAUAGAAAGAGCCACCUUUCUGCCUGAGACGCUUUAUGUUAUUUGUGGCCCUGUCUUCAGGAAGUGCCCUAUCUCUCCCCACUCUCUGCCUGUUUUUCAUGAGGCGCUGUUUGUAGGUGCAGUUGAUAGGGGUAUGGAGAGCGGUUUUAUGCAGAUGCUGGUGGAUGCCAUUAGAAGCGGUAUAUAUUUGCUUCACCAGACUGCUUCUGGGUGUAAAUUGACCAUUACUCUGCAGGAAGCAACAAACUUUGAAAGAACAGAACUAAAUGGCUUUGCUGCUUCUGAAAGUCAGAUUACUAAAAUUCAACACACCGUUUGUGUGGAAACGGAUGCUUUAGGCUCCUGUGAAAAGGGUUGGUGUGUGGGAACUGUGGGCAUGGCUUGUGGUGGAGCAAAGAGCGGUGGUUUGGUGGUUGUGUUUGCGUCAUUGAAUCUGGACCUCUUAGCUAUGCUGAUCUGUGGAAUAGCUGACUGGCGGAUGCUCUGGACAUCGGAUGAGCGCUUCCUCAGUCAGUUUCUCGGGGGAGAGUUAAGGCUUUUUAAGAGUUUUUCUCUCUAUCCGCCUUCUUAUGUGCAUGAUGUCAGCUUUUGGGUUCCUGAGAGUGAACAGUUUGAUGAAGUUGCUUUCCACACCAUUGCCAGGCAGGUGUCACGUGAAACAGUCGUAUCCAUCCAGUUAAUUGACAGUUUCCAGCAUUCAGAGACUGCACGGAAGAGCCUCUGCUACAGACUGACCUAUCAGUCCUGCGACAAGGCACUGAGCUGCCAGGAUGCAGCAGAGAUGCAGCUACUGUUUCGGAAGGAGAUACAGCGAUACUUACAUGUAACUCUUCGGUAA